GGCAGCGCUGUAAAAAUAAAUGACAGACUAACUGAAUGUACUCUUGUCUGAACGUAUGACUAGUUUUGAUUAUUUUUAUUGCUGUUAUUUUCAUCCUUAUUAUUACAGAGGCUAAUUCAUAAGCGCCAUUCUGGUUGGAAACCGUAGGGGGGAUUUCUGCAGAAACAGGUACUUCCUCCUUCCAUCUUCAGCGGGUUGACGGCCCGGCCUGACAUCAUUGGCUGGUUGGAGGAAUGAAUCAUCGCCUUCGGGGGAUUCAGGGAUGCUGUCAGUGUCAGUGGGCCCCCUGAAAACACACCGCCCGGCCCGCCCGUCCGUCACUCUUCUUUAUUCUAACGUUUAUUCUAAGGACCGACCAUGGAGGACAUCCUGCGGAAGCUGCAGAAAGACGCGUCCGGACACAAGCACAAAGCCAUCCGCGAUGCUUGUGUCUACGCCUGCGAAACCCUUGAGUCUCAGAAUGGAUCAGCCAAGAUUUCCCCAUCACAGCUUCGAGAGCGCUGUCUGCUGCCGCUACAGAUGGCUCUGGAGUCUAAGAACACUAAACUGGGACAGACGGCACUUACUGGCAUGCAGAAGCUGCUGUGUGAGGACAGGUUUGUAGGCGGGAUUGGGGUAGAGACGGAGGUCCUGGAGAAACAGCUGCUGAGCCAGAUGUUGGAGGCCAUCAGAGUCACCCCAUCUCUCCAUGAAGAUCUCCAGGUUGAAGUCAUGAAGGUUCUGCUGUGCAUCACCUACUCGCCAACCUUCGACAUCAACGGAGACUCCAUCCUGAGGAUAGCAGAGGUGUGUAUCGAGACCUAUGUAUCCAGCUGUCACCAGCGCAGCAUCAACACAGCAGUCAGAGCCACGUUGAGUCAGAUACUGGGAGACCUGACGCUACAGCUCCGACACAGACAAGAGGGUGUAGAUGGAGAUGAGGUGACUGCACCUCCAUUGCAAAGGAGAGACAUUUCUCCUACCAGCCAGGCUCUGUGUGAGGAUGUGGUGACGGUGCUAACAGUGUUCUGUGAGAAGCUAGAAUCAGUGGACAGUGAUAAUCAGCUCCUUCAGCUCCUUUACCUAGAGUGCAUCCUCUCUAUGCUCAGCAGCUGUCCUCCCACAAUGCACCUGUCCAGAGGUUUCACCGACCUUAUAUGGAAACAGCUGUGUCCGUCCCUGGUGGUGAUCAUGGGAAAUCCUGUCAAUGACAAAACCAUCACCUCCCACCACAGCCACAUGGGGGCACCAGACCGAGACCGAGUCUCAGACAGACUUGGUCAAGGGAUCAGCCCAGACAUAGAGUCUUCGUGUGGAGGCGUGUCUGAUCAAGGCAGAGGGUCUGGGUGCUCCUCCAGUGCCCCUGCCAGAAUCGCACCAGUCGUGCGGACAGUGUGCUACAUUGCAGCGGAGCUGGUGCGCCUGGUGGGCUGUGUUGAGUCGAUGAAACCAGUGCUGCAGUCGCUCUACCACAGGAUCUUAUUGUACCCUCCUCCCCAGCACCGCACCGAGGCUAUCCGCAUCAUGAAGGAGAUCCUGGGCAGUCCCCAGCGGCUCUAUGACUUGGCUGGGCCGUGCGUGGCUGAGCCUGACACCAGGAAGCGCUCCUUCUCCAAGAGGAAGUCCCACCUGGACCUGCUCAAACUGGUGAUGGAUGGUAUGACGGAGGCCUGUAUGAAGGGUGGCAUAGAGGCGUGUUACUCAUCAGUCUCCUGUGCCUGUGCUCUGCUCGGUGCCUUAGACGAACUCUCCCAGGGCCGCGGCCUUCAGCCCGAUCAGGCUCGCUUGCUCCUUAGACGACUGGAUGAUCUAAAAGAUGGGGUGGAGUCAACACGUGAGUCCAUGGAGAUCAACGAAGCCGACUUCCGGUGGCAGAGACGCAUCCUCUCAUCUGAGCAUGCUCCGUGGGACCCCAACUCCGUGUCAUCGUCCUCUAACAUGGCUGCUGCUGCCACCGAGCGCAGCCCCGACAUCAGCAUCAGCAUCACCACAGAAACAGGCCAGACCACUCUGGAUCUAGAGGCGGGGGAGCUUGGCCUGGGAAUGGGCCACACCACGCCCGAGGAAUGCGGGGACGAACCACGCCUCCCCUCGCCCUCCUCCUGCAGCGGCUUGGACGGAAUCGAGCGCGAGCCGAGCCUCGAGCCGGGCCUGAGAGGCCACCAGGAGGGAGACGGAGGUGCAGGAGAGCUUGGAGGACGAGGAGAGAAAGAGAGGGCAGGAGGAAGAGGAGGAGGAGGAGGAGGAGGAGGAGGAGGAGGAGGUGGGGCGGGAGUGGAGAGAGGAGGCAUGGUUCCACCUGAUGUGGUCCAGCGGAGCCAUGCCCUCGUAUACCCGGAUAUCACCAAUUUCCUGUCUGUGGAGUCCAGGGCCAGGUCACACCAUGGAGGAGGGUCACGAUAUAGCGAGAGCAAUUUCAGUGUGGAGGAGCAAGACCUGUCGCGGACAGAGUUCGACUCGUGUGACCAGUACUCCAUGGCGGCUGAGAAGGACUCAGGCCGCUCCGACGUGUCUGAUAUCGGCUCCGACAACGUCUCUCUGGCUGACGAGGAGCAGCAGACGCCUCGCGACUGCCCGGGCCACCGCUCCCUGCGUACCGCUGCCCUGUCGCUCAAACUCCUCCGUAACCAGGAAGCCGACCAGCAGAGCGCCAGGCUGUUUGUCCAGUCACUAGUGGCGCUGCUGCCCCGACUGCUGGGUUUGGCCAGCACCACAGACGUGGACCUGUCGCUGCAGAACUUCUCCUCUACAUUCUGCUCUGGACUGCAGGCUGGUGGAAUUCAUUCCCCCGGCUUUGAGGCCGGUGACAGUCUGAGCUGCCAGGCUCUGAUGAAUGCCGACGGCCUCUACCUGGUGUCUUACUACGCUCUGCUGCUCAACCUCAAACUAUGCUGCUGUGACUACUACCGACGCCGCACACUAGCCCCCGUCCUCAGCCUGAAGGAGUUUGUGCGCCUGAUCCAGAGCAGCGGGGUCCUGGUGGUUCUGUCCCAGGCCUGGAUAGAGGAGCUGUACCACCAGGUGCUGGAGCGCAACCUGCUGGCUGAGGCCGGCUACUGGGGCUCACCGGAGGACCACUCCCUGCCGCUCAUUACCAUGCUGACAGAUAUUGACGGUCUGGGUAGCAGCGCUAUUGGAGGCCAGCUGAUCAGGAGGGCUUCCAGCCAGUCACCAUUCAGCUGUGACAAGGCAGUCAGUGACACUAUCAUGGCAGGAUCUGUGUUCGCCCGCUACAUCCUCACCGGUGUGUGGAAAAACCUGAUUGACGUGCUUUCCACCCCGCUGACGGGCCGCAUGGCAGGAAGCUCCAAGGGUCUGGCCUUCAUCCUGGGAGCUGAGGGGGUCAAAGAGCAGAGCCAGAGAGAGAGAGACACCAUCUGUCUGAGUUUAGACGGCCUGCGCAAAGCCGCCGCCCUCAGUUGUGCCCUGGGUGUGGCUGCCAACUGUGCGUCGGCUCUGGCCCAGAUGGCUGCAGCCUCCUGUGUGCAGGAAGAGAAGGAGGAGAAAGAGGUGGGCGAAACGGGAGAUGCCAUCACACAAGUGAAGCACCGUGUUGAGCAGCGUCUGGAGCAGAUUGGUCGUCCACAGGGAGUCCGUCUCCAUACAGCCCACGUGUUGUGCAUGGAUGCCAUCCUGAAUGUUGGCCUUGAGAUGGGCAGCCACAACCAUGACUGCUGGCCACAUGUCUUCAGGGUAAGCGAGUACAUCAGCUCGCUGGAGCACACCCACUUCAGUGAUGGCUCAUCCCAGCCUCCCACCUUAACCACCAUCACGCAGCAGAGCCAGCAGGCCCAACAGGCCCCGGGCGUGGACCUCGGCCUGGAGUUGAGCUGCGAGCCCAGCCCAGAGGCCUCAGAGCUGGGCCUCAGCCAGCCCGUCAUCCAGCCUCUGUCCAUCCAGGAGCUGCUGAGGGAGACCAGCAGAGGAGGACGAGGGCUGGACCUGAAGAGCGGGAGCCUUAUGACUGGGACCAGCGCUGCUAAAGCUGUGUGUACGCUGUCCACACAGGCUGACAGGUUGUUUGAGGAGGCAGCCACUAAGCUGAACCUGGUGGGUCUGGUGGGCUUCUUGCAGCAGCUGAGGAAAGCCUCUCAGUCUCAGUUGUUUGAUUCUGUUACUGAGACUGGAGACUACUCACUGGCCAUGCCAGGCGAGGCCAAGUCGACGUUGGACAGGCGCAGCGCUCUCCAUCUGUUCCGUCUGGGCGAGGCGAUGCUGCGGAUCGUCAGGAACAGGAGUCGCCCUCUGCUCCACAUGAUGAGGGCCUGGAGCGUGGUGGCGCCACACCUGGUGGAGGCUGCAUGCCACAAGGAGCGCCAUGUAUCCCAGAAGGCCGUUUCUUUCAUCCACGACGUUCUGACGGAGGUGCUGACGAGCUGGGCAGAGCUUCCACACUUCCACUUUAAUGAGGCGCUGUUCAGGCCCUUCGAGCACAUCAUGCAGCUGGAGCUCUGUGACGAGGACGUACAGGACCAGGUGAUAACGUCCAUAGGGGAGCUGGUGGAGAUGUGUUCCCCUCAGAUCCUGUCAGGGUGGAGGCCUCUGUUCAGCGCUCUGAGAACGGUCCACGGCAGCAAGACCGACACUAAGGACUACCUACUGGGAGAAUACUCCAUGGGGAAGUCCCAGGCUCCGGUGUUUGACGUCUUUGAGGCGUUUAUCAACACAGACAACAUCCAGGUUUUUGCUAAUGCCGCCACCGACUACAUCAUGUGCCUCAUGAAGUUUGUCAAAGGCUUAGGAGAGGUGGACUAUAAGGAGAUAGGAGACUGUGUCCAUGCAUCUGGUUACAGCUCCACUGACCUCUGCCUGCCAGCCCUCGAUUACCUCCGCAAAUGUUCUCAGCUGCUGGCUAAGAUCUAUAAGAUGCCAUCCAAGCCGGUGUUCCUGGGGGCGCGACUCGCCAGCCUGCCAAUGAGAACACAGGAACGCUCAAUCAGCAGCGAGGACGGGAUGGACUGUGUCCUGCAAGAGUUUGAUGAUGACACAGGUCUGAUCCAGGUGUGGAUAUUGUUACUGGAGCAGCUGACAGCAGCAGUGUCCAACUGCCCUCGCCAACACCAGCCUCCAACACUGGAGCUGCUGUUUACCCUGCUCAGAGAGGUCACUGCCAUACCAGGGCCGGGGUUUGCCAUCUUCUCAGUCAUCCAGCUGCUGCUUCCUGUGAUGUCGCUGUGGCUGCAGCGUAGCCACGGCGACCACUCCUACUGGGACGUGGCAGCGGCGAACUUCAAACACGCCAUUGGCCUGUGCUGUGAGCUGGUGGUGGAGCACGUUAACAGUUUCAUCCAUUCAGAUAUUGGCUAUGAGUCCCUGAUCAACCUCAUGCUGAAAGAUCUGUUCAAGCUGUUGGUGGCGUGUGUGUCUGAGCCCGCAGAAACCAUCUCUAGGGUUGGCUGCUCCUGUAUCAGGUAUGUGUUGGUGACGGUGGGCCCAGUUUUUACAGAGGAGAUGUGGAGGUUGGCCUGCUGUGCCCUGCAGGACGCAUUCUCUGCCACAUUGGAACCUGUCAAGAACUUGCUCGCAUGUUUUCGUAGCGGUUCAGACAGUUUUUCCGGAGACGCCUGUGAGGUAAAGGUCGCAGCGCCAUCCCAUUCCCCAUCAGCUGAGGCCGAGUACUGGAGGAUCAAGGCAAUGGCGCAACAAGUCUUUAUGUUGGACACCCAGUGCUCUCCAAAAACACCCAACAACAAGGAGGGCUUUGAGCACGCUCAGUCCUGCGUUCUUAUCAUCGAGCUGCCCUCAGACCAGCAGUCCAAUGGCCACACUCAGAAGAGGAUCCCUUUCCGGACCAUCGUGGUGAGCCUGCUGUCCCACCAGGUCCUACUCCAAAACCUCUAUGACAUCCUGCUGGAGGAGUUUGUAAAGCAGCCUGAAGGUCACGACAGGGUCACGCCCGUGACCUCUGACCCCGGCCGGCCUGCAGCAGGUUUCCUGCGCUACAUCUCAAUGACAAACUUAGCCAUAAUCCUGGAUCUGCUGCUGGACUCUUACAGAACGGCGCGGGACUUUGACACCCGGCCAGGCCUGAAGUACCUGCUGAUGAAGGUGUCAGGGGUGUGUGGAGCAGCCAACCUCUACCGCCAGUCUGCCAUGAGCUUUAACCUGUACUUCCAGGCCCUGCUGUGUGCCACGCUCAGCCAGGCCGACAGCAUGACGGCCCAGCAGGUAAAGCGGAUCCUCUAUGAGGAAGAGGAGGGGAGUUCUGACUCCUCCCACCCUGGCUCUGCCUCAUCAGAGGAUGAAGACAUCUUUGAAGAGACAGCACAGGUCAGCCCUCCCAGGGGCCGGGAGAAGCGACAGCAGUGGCGAGCCCCGAUCCCCUCCCUCAGCGUGCAGCCGCUGGGCAGUGCCGACUGGGCCUGGCUGGUCAAACGCCUCCACAAGCUCUGCAUGGAUCUCUGCAACAGCUACAUUCAGAUGCACCUGGACCUGGAGAGCACGCUGGAGGAGACGCCACUACUGAGGGGAGGAGCUGGAGGAGAUCAUGUGUUCUUCCUCCCGCUCUUUCAGUCUGAAACAUCCACCCCGACGUCAGCGGGGGGGCUUUCGGGUAAGGGGACCCCAUCAGAGGAAGGGGGAUACAGGUGUCAGACAGCGGAAAUGAGCGCAGCGUCCCCAGCAGAGACGCCCACACCCAGCCCAGGAUUCAGUUGUACAGGCAGCCUGCCACACCACUUUCGUACUGGAGGCGAGAGGAGAGACUCGUGUGUAGCAGGAAGCACAGUGGGAAGUGGUCCUGGAGCUACCAUUGGGGCCGGAGCCACCGGGCCAGGAAGGAGAAAGGAGUGGUGGGAAAGUGCCGGGAACAAACUGUACACCAUUGCUGCGGACAAAACCAUCAGCAAGCUUAUGAUGGAGUACAAACGCAGGAAACAGCAGCAGCAGCAGCCACAGCAGAGCCACGUGAACCUCUUCAUGAAGGAGCAGGGGAGGGCAGGAGGAGCAGGAGGAAGCGUGGGGGAAAGGAGGGGCCCCGUGGAGCCGCAGAGGCCCCCCCAGAGGCCCCAGCAGCUGGUGGAUCAGCAAGGGCCCCCACUAAGGCACUCCGUCAGCGCAGGGCCCGAGGUCCUUAGACAAGAGAAGAGGCCGCGGUCGGGCUCCACCAUCAGCUCUCACAGCAUCUCCCUUAGGGACUCGGAGGCUCAGAUACAGGCAUGGACCAACAUGGUCUUGACUCUCCUCAAUCAGGUCCUCCUCCUGUCUGACUCGUCCUUCUUGGCGCUCCAGCCGGCGCUCUACCCCUGCCUCAGCCAGCUCUCCUGCCACGUGACUGACGCCCGAGUCCGCCAGGCGCUGCGCGAGUGGCUUGGGCGUGUCGGCAGGCUGUAUGACAUCAUUGUGUGACAUCAUCGCAAAGGAAUGCAGAAACACUGGUGAAGGGCAUGAUUGGUUGGUGAGGGAGGUGAAGGGAUAAUGAAGAAUUUGAUCAGCACAGUAGAAUCAUUGAACGCCAUAAUUUGACGGUGUGAUUUGUGGAUUGACAAUGGCUAUGAUUGGCCAAUGAAGAGAUAUGAAGGGAAACAGGAAAAUUCACUUGGCAAACUAUGACAUCGUCAUGUGACAGCCAACAGAUUGUCAUGAUUGAUUGGCAGAAGAUUUGGUUACUGAAUGAGUGAUGAGGAUUGACAGAGACUUGACCUUCAUUGGUAGACUGUGACACUGUGUGACAUCAUGGUGGAUUUGAUGAAGGAUGUGAUGGGAAGAAUGGUGGAUUUCCUUGGUUUAUGAAGGAUUCCAUGGCUAAUGAAAAGGCUCUCUUGUGGAUGUGCUAUUCCUGCCCCUUGUUCCUUGGUGGGAUUCAUUUAUUUGUACACAUGCAAAUACAUACUUACACACAAGAAAGUAUGUGCACAUACAUGUACACAUUUUGUCCACAAUCACUAGCAUCCAUGCAAACAGCUAGGUGUUUGCAUGGAUGCUGGGAUCAUUUUGACAGUCCAUCAGUUGUCUUUUUGACAAUAAUAUAUUGUCACCAUAGAGGACAAAAACGCUACAGUGUUUCCCCUAGCUUGUCAGUUUGGAUGAUGUCAGGAGGCGGGGUUACUGAUGACUUGUUAGUGGCAUUUCAUUUAGAGAGCGUAUUAUCUCCUUUUUUCAGUUAUUUUAGUCAGUCUUGUAUAAUCUGUAGGCAUUCCAUUUAGCUGUCCAUUGUACUUAAAAGUGUCUCUUCAUCCAUUUUGUGUUGGUGCAGACUCACCACAACUCAAAGCAGUGCCAUUGUGCUGUGUCAUAGCUGUGUUGAAUUAUGGCCAUUGUAGUUCACUAACAAGCUUUAGGCACUUUGCAGCAUUUAGUCUUGAUUGUUUGAAAACCAUACUGGCAAGAACCGCUAGCUUCAUGCAUCACAGGACAUGAAAUGGAUGCAAAAUAGAAAUUUAUUCUGCAGGCUGCGACUAUAUCUGCGUGGGUCAUCCAAAUAUUAACAUUUUGUGGGAAACACUGGACUGUCUUGGUUCAUGAUCAGCAUGCCACAGCAAGUAGUGCUCUACUGGACAUACUAUUACACAGGUUCAGAGAUAAGGAUGUGCCAUGAUGCUGAGCAAGAGUCAGCACUUUGAUUGAAGCAUGGCUUUGAUGUCAGAGGAAUGCAGAGGACAGGGUGCAGGUAUUUCAUAGUGGUUAUCAAAUUGGUUUGUCCCUUCAUAUUUCAAUUUCAUUCCAACGAUGGCAAAAAGAGUAUGACAGAGGAGGCUGAAUGUGUGAAAGCUUUCAAAGUCCACAAAGGUGAUUCUGAUUGGAUCUGAGCCAGGGAGGAGAAGCUACAAUAGAAAUGUCUUCAGUUGACCAGAUGCAUCAUUUUUCUCAGUAGCUUUAGUAGCUAGCUUUAAACUAAAUGUACCACCAUUCAAGCUGCAGUAGUGAUGCACACUGCAGUGUUUUGGGCAACAUAAACAGACAAGACACAGGCUACAAAGUAACAUGUAGGAUCCAAAUUAUAUUCAAAUGUUUCCUGCUAAAGAGAUGUUCCUGUAUUGUUGAAGCAGCUCCUUACGAAGUGCUGCAUGUCUUGGCCCAACGUGUCCUGUCUUGCUGGCUGGGUGCCAGCAGCCAGAUGGCCAGUGGCUUAAACUGCAAACUGGAAAAUGUCAGGAUUUAUCAGAUAAAUUAAAAACACUUUCAUAUACAAUGCAUUUCUGUUUUGCUAGUCUCUGUUGCUGAUUGGGGAUAUUUAUGUGUUGGUAAGGUAUUUAGUUUUCACUUUUGGGAUUCGGACAUAAAAAAGACAAAGGCCGUUUUACCAGUCUUCUUUUACAGAGAUGAAAUAUCAGGCUUCAACAUUUUUUACAGUGUUGUGUUUCUCUAGCAUCAGAUUAGUUGGCCUUUCACCGGGAGACUCACCCAAAAAACGCAACACAUAUCAAGAAGUUUCAAAUAUUCACUGUUGGUUACCACCGAUGAUCCAGAGCCUAAAAAAUGGUAUUUGGGACAACCCUAGUUUACUGAAAUGUUGUCAUUUCCUGGUUCCAAACAAACUUUUUCUGUUACUUUUAU